AUGAGUUCUGACGAGAUACUCAGUAAAGAGGAUGUCAAUGAUGUAUCAUCAAUACCUUCUACUCCAACAGCAACCCUUGAGUAUAGUCGUACAGUAUCUCAAGAUUUACGUUAUCUUGACGAAGCUCUUACUCAUGCUAUUGAUCAAUUGACAAUAUUUAAUAGUGAAACAAUGUCUGAUCUUUCACUUAAAUAUGAAUUAAUGCGUAAUAAUGAAAGUCGUGUUAUUAGUUUUUUUGCACGUCAAUUAAUGGUAUUACAAGCACAAAAACAGAACAGUGGAUUUCACAGUGAAUAUGCUAAACUUGAUCGAUUUCUAUCUGUUAUUAAUUUUAAUAAAAAAUCUAUUGAAUAUAUUACACAACGAAUUACAUUUGAUGAUCUAUUAAAUCAUAAUGUAACAGAACACGAACAAAUUUUAUAUGAUGCUGAAACAACAGAAACUCAACGAACUGAUUUUGUUAAUGCCCUUAAUGCACUUAAAAGUUGCAUUGAUUACUUUUCUACUGGUGGUACAAAUGAUAAGGGACGUUUUUAUUGGCAUAAAGAAAUACCAACUACAACAUCCGUUCGUCCACAUCGUUUGUCAGAUACAGCUCUUCCAACUCAACCUAUUAUAGAAACAGUGAGAUCAACAUCUGUGUCUUCCUCGAUCUCAACUGAAUUUGGAACUACAGCGAAUAAUAAUCAUAAUCAUACGACAGUACCAUCAUCACCACAUGCACGACGAAAUAAUUUGUCUCAUACACCACCUCCAUCUCGUUUAAAUCAUCUAUCUGUUAAUGGUAAAGGCAAAUGUGAACAUCCUAGUAAGAAAAGUUCCGUUGAUCCAACAGUUUUUAAUAAUAAUACUAAUACAUCUCGAAAUAUAGAUCUACAAUUACCUAAUGACGAUAGUUCUUCUCGUCGAAGCUCAUAUGGAUCAGAUUCAGAAAGUCGAUUAGCAUCUGAAUUUGAGCACACUCUUGAGAAUGAAAUAGUGACUCAUUCUGAUCAAUUGGCUAUGCGUAAGCUUGCUAUAACAUCCUAUAAAAAUCCAUCAUAUUCUAAUACAUCUAUCAACAAACGACAAUAUACUAUAGACAAUAAUGUACAACACAAUGAGGAAAAUAAAUCUCCAUCAUCACCAGCAAAAAAAUUUUCAUGGAAUAAAUCUAUGUCAAAAGAUGGCUCAGCAACACCUAAAUCACCUACAAUUCGUUCUCCAACUAUGUCAGGUUCACCAUUUGGUUCAGCACAGAAUAGUGAUGCUGAAAAUGAGACACGAAUACCAGAUGCUCCUCUAUAUAAUACAUCUUUAUCAUUUCUUGGACAUCGAAUGGCACAUAAAAUUCAACACAAGAGACAGGUGUUUCGAGGAAAAGCAUGUCUUCAUUGCAAAUACAAAUGUCACAGAGAAUGUGUAAUAAAUGCUCCACCUAAUUGUGGUUUUAGUGAAAAUAAACUAAGACGAGCUAUUGAUAAUACUGAUAUUCAACAUGCACUUGCUAAUUCCAGCCCAAUGACACGUAAAUAUCCUUUUCCGCCUUGGGAUAAUACAAGUCCAACGCCAUCAACACCUAUAUCUGUACCAGGCUCACCAGCUCCACAUUCUGGUUAUCAUUUUAAUCCAUCUAUCUGUAUUAGUGAAUCAAUCUAUUCCACUCAAAAUGAUCCGGAUAGUUGGGUCGUAAUAGAUACGACUAAUAAAUCUGUGCCAGAAAUUCCGGAAUCUCAAUCAGACAGUGAUACAAAUUCAACAAUUCAAACUGAGACAGGAACAAAUUUGAUAGAUUCUACCACGACAAUAUCUAGUAAACUUGUACGACAAGCAUCACAAAGUGAACCAUUAGCACAUCCUAAACGUGAAGAUCUUGUUAAAUCAAAAUUAUUUGAUAUUAAUUCAUUCGAUGAUGAUGAAGCUGAUCCAGAGAAACGAAGUGCUAAUCUUGCUACCUCAUUACAAGAUUGGGUUAUUGUAUUUAAUAAUAUAAAAAUAAUAGAAGAAUUACCACGUUCAUCUGGUCGAUUAAUGAAAGCGCAUUGGCAUGGUGAAAUAGCUGUACGAAUGAUAAAGCCAAAUUCGAAAACAAGUCAAGUAGAUUUUCUUAAUCAAUUUAAAAAUCAAGUAUUUCGAUUACGAAAAGUUCGUCAUGAACACUUAAAUUUAUAUACAGGUGUUUGUAUUGAAAGUCCAAAUCUUGCAAUUGUUUCAAAUUGGAUUCGUGGUCCAAAUCUAUAUGAAAUGAUUCAUCUUCGUAAUGAUAAUAUUUCAUUAAAUGCAGCUGUACAAUAUGCUGCACAAAUAGCUCAAGCCAUGAGUUAUUUACAUGAAAAAUCAAUAAAUCAUAUGUCAUUACGUACAACAAAUAUAUUUGUACAAAAUACACGAAUUAUUUUAACGGAUUAUGGUUUAGUACCAUUAAGUAAAUGUUAUCAAAUAACUGAUCAACCAGCGAUAAUUGCACCACGUGGUUGGCUUAGUUAUUUAGCACCAGAAAUUAUACGUAAACUUGAUCCACGUGAUGAACAACCUAUGUUACAAUAUACACCUCAAACAGAUGUUUAUGCAUUUGGAACUGUUUGGUAUGAACUUUUAUUUCGAGAAUUUCCAUAUGCUAAACAACCACCAGAAUAUAUUAUUUGGAGAGCAGGAAAUUCGCUCAAACAACCCUUAAGUAGUGUGCAUAUCAGUAAAUAUGCUAAAGAUAUAAUUAAUCAAUGUUGGUCAUUUGUACCGGAUGAUCGACCUGAUUUUGAUAUGUUAUGUAAAUCAUUAAGUAAAAUGCCAAAUAAACGAACAUUAGUACGAUCUCCUUCAACUCCUCUUCAAUACAAUACUCGACCACAUAUUGAAGCACAAUUUUAA